CACCGCCGCUACAUGCAACGUGCUAUACACUUGCCUGUUGCGCGCUGGGACAGCCACUGCCAUCAGACAGACACCACCGCCUCUCCCCCCUCUCGCACAGUGACGCGGCAGUGCACCUACACAUUGCUACCCUCUUCUUCUUCUUCUCCCCGGCCACAUCUCUCUCUCUCUCUCUCUCUCUAAAGCGUUUGCCUGCCUGUGAGUUCUGUGACUGACUGUCUCUGACUACUAACUGGCGCGCACGCGCGCACGCACGCCCUUGCGCUCGGGGUCUUGCGAAUCGGAUCAGUACUUCAGAUCGAUCGACAACCGGCUGCUACCUUGCUUUACUCGCCGCCAUUGCUGGCUAGCGAGGUAGCUACCUAGCUGCAGCCCUGCCGGCCGGCCGGCCAGCAGGGAGCCUCUGCGCGCGCCGGUCGUGUUGUGGUUCGCGUUCUUGCUGCUGGAGUGAAAGAUCUGCGUGCUACCUCUUCUUUCACAGAGAUGGGCGUCGUGAGCUGCAGGAGGUGGAGCGGCCGGCGCCGCCUCGCCGCCGCCCUCCUAGCCAUCGUCCUCUUCACCGCGGCCAUGGUUGUCACCGCAGGGAGGCCAAUCCGUUUGCCAGCAGCGGCGCUCACGAGGAGGAGGAUAGACUCGUCGGCGCUGGUGGGCUCGUGGACGACGGAGGACGCCACGCCGGCUCGCCGGCGGUGGCUGGUCGGGCCGGGCUCGUCGCCGCCGACGUGCCACCAGCGGUGCGGGCGGUGCACGCCAUGCAAGGCGACCCGCGUGGCGAUCCAGCCGGGGAUCGGCCCCCAGUGGGAGUACUACCCGGAGGUGUGGCGCUGCAAGUGCGGCAACAAGCUCUUCAUGCCGUAGUUCUCAAAAGAGAAUUAAAAAUGAUGCCGUUAAUUUUGAAAAGAGUACAAAAGGAGAGGGAGAAGCGAGUUAAAGGGCGAUUGAUUAGAUAAUUAGGCGGGCGGCCGUGAUGUUUGUGUAUGCAAAAUCAAGAUGUUAACUACUUCUAUAUGAUGCUCUUUAAUUUUUCUUUUUUUCUUGAAACUGUUUUACAUAUAUUUUCUUUUUCCUUGAACAGCAGGGUCUUGUAAUUACCUUGUACUUUCACAUGGGCCUUCAUUUCCAUGUGCAAAUGUGGUGCUUGGCAGCUGGAAGUACGUACUGGCAACAUCGUCCCUAGGUUUAGAUGGAAAAUUUAUGUUACUUUGGUUGGCAUAAUUUGUAUAUAGUACGAGUACGUGAAUGGGACC